AAAGUUCCAUAUUACAUGCAUUCAAUUAGAAUUGCAAGUUUAAUAACCAGUGCAUUAUUAGCAUGUUAACAGUUAUAAUUAUAACUUUUUAAUUUAAAAGCUCCUAUAUAUAAGAAAGCGUGGUUACCUUCCCUAUUAACACAAAAUUUGAUUUUAAAGUACGUUACUUUGUUCAUAAAUUAUAAUUGACAAAUUAAGCUACUUAAUAAAAAUUAGCAUAAAAUGCAAGCCGUAAAAGAGAAAAUUCAAGAUAUAAGUUCCAUGCGCAAAGCAAAAGCUGAAGCCAAGGAAGAGGAAAAGGAUGAGAUAGAGAUAGCACAAACAAGAAAGGAUAUUGCAAAAGAGGUGAGGAAGGCAAAAGAAGCUGAAGCAGCCAUGGAUUUGCAUGUUGCCAAGGCAGAUGAAUUAGCUGAAAAGGAGAUGUCUAAGCAUAUAACUAACCAACAUGAACAACACCAUUAAUAUAAUCCCACGUACGUGUAUACUUAGUCAUGAUAAUUAAGUACACCAAAAACUUUGUCAUAAACAAUAAUAUGGUAUAGAUAUAUAAUGAUUUUGAAUUUUGUA